UAUUUCAGGCCAUCGCCAUCAAGAUUAUUUCAUUUCGCUGGAACUCGAUCAUUGCGGUGCGCGCGCGGCAAGAUUUUCGAACCAUGGUUUAUCCGCAUUCGUGAUCCUUUUUCAUUUUAUUUUAUUUUUCCGCGGGGGAACGUGGUUGCUGGUGAUAUUUCGAGCCUCCACUAUAUUAAAGAAAGAAUAAUCCCGCGAGAGUUCGGAAAGGAGGAAAGAGGCUCUCUCUCUCUCUCUAUCUAUCUAUCUAUCGCCAUUAUGCAGUCGACAUACGUGCACAUGAUGCUGGAUCGGCAGAAGGAUGAACAGCGCCGAUGGGAGAAGUACAAGCGUCAAAAGCUGCGCCAGCCAAAGGUCGUCACGUUUGCCGACCGCGUCAAAGCCUUCCUUCGCCGACUAGCGGCGUUCCUUUUCACGCAAGUAGGCGUAUGUGCCCUCGUCGUGGGCUACACCAUCGUCGGCGCCUUUGUCUUCUGCGCCAUUGAGGAAGAACGCGGAGUUCAGCAGGCGCAGGAAGUGCGAAAACUGAGAUCCGAAUGCGCGGAACGACUAUGGAACGUCACCUUGCACCUCAACAUUCUUCAUAAACAACAAUGGGAACGAGACGUGAACCACUUCCUCUCUGACUACCAAAAGGGACUGGUGAAGAUCAUCAAGCAGGGCUACGAUGGUAAACUGGAUGCCAAGUGGACCUUCCCUUCCGCACUCAUGUAUUCGCUGACUGUUUACACGACGAUCGGUUACGGAAACGUGACACCGAAAACACCGGGAGGGAAAAUCGUGACGAUCAUGUACGCGUUGAUCGGGAUUCCGUUGAUGUUGCUUUACAUGACGAAUGUCGGCGAUUUCCUCGGCUCGAGCUUCAAAUAUUUGUAUUCCAAGUACAGCUCUUUGUGCAAGUGUGAAGUGACUGCGAAACGGAGUAGCAGCAGAGAGAGUACCAGUGCCGGAGCCCGAACCACAAACAACAACUUGACAGCGAUAAGCGCUAAAUCUGCAUCACCCGCCACUACGAAUCCAAACACGGCGGAACAAGAACGGAUCGAACGUGCCAAAUUCCUCGCGAAACACAAACCAGUUCUCGUGCCCGCAUCGGCUUGUUUGACAGUCAUGUUCUCCUACGUGAUCGUCGGCGCCCUCGUGUUCGGCGCCUGGGAGAAAUGGGGCUUCAUCGACGGCUCCUACUUUUGCUUCGUCAGUUUGCUGACCAUUGGGUUCGGGGACCUGGUACCCGGGCAAGCCGUGAAGGAGUACACGGACAACACGUCGCAAUACAAACUGAUCGUGUGCGUGUUUUACCUGCUGAUCGGGAUGUCGCUCAUUGCCAUUAAUGAAAGAUCCUCUUUUUCCAAAAAUAAGCUUUUCAUUUGUUUAUUAUUCAUNAACAUUCUUCAUAAACAACAAUGGGAACGAGACGUGAACCACUUCCUCUCUGACUACCAAAAGGGACUGGUGAAGAUCAUCAAGCAGGGCUACGAUGGUAAACUGGAUGCCAAGUGGACCUUCCCUUCCGCACUCAUGUAUUCGCUGACUGUGUACACGACGAUCGGUUACGGAAACGUGACACCGAAAACACCGGGAGGGAAAAUCGUGACGAUCAUGUACGCGUUGAUCGGGAUUCCGUUGAUGUUGCUUUACAUGACGAAUGUCGGCGAUUUCCUCGGCUCGAGCUUCAAAUAUUUGUAUUCCAAGUACAGCUCUUUGUGCAAGUGUGAAGUGACUGCGAAACGGAGUAGCAGCAGAGAGAGCACCAGUGCCGGAGCCCGAACCACAAACAACAACUUGACAGCGAUAAGCGCUAAAUCUGCAUCACCCGCCACUACGAAUCCAAACACGGCGGAACAAGAACGGAUCGAACGUGCCAAAUUCCUCGCGAAACACAAACCAGUUCUCGUGCCCGCAUCGGCUUGUUUGACAGUCAUGUUCUCCUACGUGAUCGUCGGCGCCCUCGUGUUCGGCGCCUGGGAGAAAUGGGGCUUCAUCGACGGCUCCUACUUUUGCUUCGUCAGUUUGCUGACCAUUGGGUUCGGGGACCUGGUACCCGGGCAAGCCGUGAAGGAGUACACGGACAACACGUCGCAAUACAAACUGAUCGUGUGCGUGUUCUACCUGCUGAUCGGGAUGUCGCUCAUUGCCAUGUGUUUCAAUCUCAUGCAAGAAGAGGCCAUUCACAAGAUCCGAAAUUUCGCUUAUAGGAUCGGCCUAUUGCGAGCCAAAGUUGGUUCCCUAAAAGUUGCGUUGGAAUCUCCUCGCAUUUGGUCCGCCGCUCCAGCAGCAGCAGCAGCGACAGACGCACAGCAGCUCGGCGGAAUAAACGUGCUUUGA